UAUGGCGGAGUCGAAUCAGCAUCAGCAUCAGCAUCAGCAUGCUGCGGCGGCGCUGGCGUCGUCGAGCCGUCGGAGCCUAAGCUGGGGCUCCUCCAUCUCGCAGUCGUUCCGGCAGAUGGAGACGGAGGACCCCUUCGGGCGGGCGCAGUCGGAGCAGGAGCACCGCGACGAGGAGGAGAACCUGCGCUGGGCGGCGCUGGAGAAGCUGCCCACCUACGAACGAAUGCGCCAGGGCAUCCUCCGGAGGGCGCUCGACCAGCAGCAAGAAGGACAGGGCGGCGUCGAGGUCGUCGACAUCCAGAAGUUGGCCGGCGGCGACGGGGGCCGCGCCCUCUUGGAGCGCCUCUUCCAGGACGACAGCGAGCGCUUCCUGCGCCGACUCAGGGACCGCAUCGACAUGGUGGGCAUCGAGCUCCCGACCAUCGAGGUUCGCUACGAGCAGCUGAUGGUGGAGGCGGACGUCAUCGCCGCCGGCCGCGCCCUCCCAACGCUCUGGAACGCAGCCACCAAUUUUCUCCAGGGACUCAUUGGACGGUUUGGUUCUUCAAACAAGAGGAACAUCACCAUACUUAAGAAUGUCAACGGUGUCCUCAAGCCGUCCAGGAUGACGCUUCUUCUUGGGCCUCCAUCCUCAGGAAAGAGCACGCUCAUGCGAGCACUCACUGGAAAGCUUGACAAAAAUCUCAAGGUCUCUGGGAGCAUCACAUAUUGUGGCCAUCCAAUUUCAGAGUUCUAUCCUGAGAGGACAAGCGCAUAUGUUGGUCAAUAUGAUCUCCACAAUGCAGAGAUGACUGUAAGAGAGACGUUGGAUUUCUCCAGGAGGUGCCUAGGCAUCGGUGCCAGAUAUGAGAUGCUCGCAGAACUUGCUAGAAGGGAGCGGGAUGCAGGCAUUAAGCCAGAUCCUGAGAUUGAUGCUUUCAUGAAAGCUACUGCAGUACAAGGACAGGAGACUAAUAUUUUAACAGACGUCACUCUCAAGGUGCUUGGGCUGGACAUUUGUGCUGAUAUUAUUGUCGGUGAUGAGAUGCUCAGAGGAAUUUCUGGUGGGCAAAAGAAACGUGUGACUACUGGGGAGAUGUUAACGGGACCAGCAAGGGCUUUGUUUAUGGACGAAAUAUCCACUGGACUGGAUAGCUCGAGCACAUUUCAGAUUGUAAAGUUUAUGAGGCAAUUGGUCCAUGUAAUGAAUGAGACUGUCGUGAUCUCUCUGCUCCAGCCACCGCCAGAGACCUACAAUCUUUUUGAUGACAUAAUCCUACUAUCAGAAGGAUACAUAGUCUACCAUGGGCCACGCGAGAACAUCUUGGAGUUCUUUGAGUCUGCUGGUUUCCGGUGCCCUGAAAGGAAAGGUGUUGCAGACUUUCUUCAAGAGGUCACUUCCAAGAAAGACCAGCAGCAAUACUGGUACCUUGAUGAGGAGUAUCAUUAUGUAUCUGUACCGGAGUUUGCAGAACGUUUCAAGUCAUUCCAUGUAGGCCAGCUGAUGCAGAAGGAGCUGCAAACUCCUUUCGAGAAGUCUAAAACCCAUCCUGCUGCAUUGACCACCAGAAAGUAUGGUCUUUCCAGCUGGGAAUCACUUAAGGCAGUGAUGUCAAGAGAGCAGCUGUUGAUGAAGCGCAACUCCUUCAUCUACAUUUUCAAGGUCACCCAGUUGAUCAUCCUUGCGCUCAUGUCCAUGACUGUGUUCCUCAGAACAAAGAUGCCCCAUGGGCAGAUUUCUGAUGGCAACAAAUUCUUUGGGGCUCUGACUUUUAGUUUGAUAACGGUCAUGUUCAAUGGUUUUGCUGAGCUACAAUUGACCAUAAAGAAGCUUCCAGUUUUCUACAAACAUAGGGAUUUCUUGUUCUUCCCUGCAUGGACCUUUGGACUGGCAAACAUAAUCUUAAAAGUUCCUGUUUCGCUUGUGGAAGCAGCAGUAUGGGUUGUUCUCACGUACUAUGUGAUGGGGUUUGCACCUUCUGCAGGAAGGUUCUUUCGUCAGUUUAUAGCAUUUUUUGCCACACACCAAGUGGCAAUGGCUUUAUUCCGAUUUCUUGGUGCUUUUUUGAAAACAAUGGUUGUGGCCAAUACUUUCGGGAUGUUUGUGCUGCUUAUUAUUUUCAUCUUUGGAGGAUUUGUCAUCCGGAGAAAUGACAUCAAACCAUGGUGGAUCUGGGGUUACUGGGCAUCUCCUAUGAUGUAUAGCCAAAAUGCAAUAUCUAUCAACGAGUUCCUUGCCAGUAGAUGGGCUAUUCCAAACAAUGAUACAACUAUUGACGCACCAACGGUGGGCAAAGCUAUUCUUAAAUCCAAAGGCUUGUUUACUGGUGAAUGGGGAUUUUGGGUUUCCAUUGGAGCCCUUAUAGGAUUCAUUAUUUUGUUCAACAUCCUCUACCUUUGGGCCCUCACAUACUUGAGUCCUAGUAGUGGCUCCAAUACCCAAAUUUCAGAAGGUGAAGACAAUGAACAUGAAAUGGUAGUGAAAGGAAGAAACAAAGAUGAAAUAUCCCAAGCUGUAUACAGUGAUCCAGGCACUAAUGGAGCAACAAAGAGACCAGCUCAGUCACGCGUCACUUUGACUUUCCAGCCUCUUUCACUUUGCUUUAACCAUGUAAACUAUUAUGUGGACAUGCCUGCAGAAAUGAAGGAACAAGGAUUCACAGAAAGCCGUCUACAGCUGCUCUCUGAUAUCAGUGGUGCUUUCAGGCCAGGGGUCCUGACAGCAUUAGUUGGUGUGAGUGGAGCUGGAAAGACCACUUUGAUGGAUGUCCUGGCAGGAAGGAAAACUAGUGGAGUUGUUGAAGGAGAUAUUACCCUGUCUGGUUUCCCCAAAAAACAAGAAACUUUUGCUCGGAUUAGUGGCUAUUGCGAACAGACUGAUAUCCAUUCUCCGAAUGUUACUGUAUAUGAAUCCAUUAUCUACUCUGCCUGGCUGCGUCUUUCCUCAGAUGUCGAUGACAGUACGAAGAAGAUGUUUGUGGAGGAAGUGAUGGCCCUUGUAGAGCUUGAUGUGUUGCGCAAUGCACUGGUGGGUCUCCCUGGAGUUAGUGGGUUAUCAACAGAACAAAGAAAAAGGCUGACAAUUGCCGUGGAGCUGGUAGCGAACCCUUCAGUAAUUUUCAUGGACGAGCCAACUUCGGGUCUUGACGCUCGAGCUGCAGCAAUUGUCAUGCGUACAGUGAGAAAUACAGUUAACACUGGGCGUACUGUGGUUUGCACAAUCCAUCAGCCCAGUAUUGAUAUAUUCGAGUCUUUCGAUGAGCUUCUGCUUUUGAAACGGGGAGGGCAGGUUAUUUAUGCUGGUGAACUUGGUCGCCACUCUCACAAACUAGUUGAAUAUUUUGAGGCGAUUCCAGGCGUUCCAAAGAUCACAGAAGGAUAUAAUCCUGCGACAUGGGUGCUGGAAGUUAGCUCUCCUCUAUCUGAGGCUCGCCUGAACAUGAAUUUUGCUGAAAUUUAUGCCAACUCUGUGCUUUAUAGGAAAAACCAAGAGCUGAUCAAGGAGUUGAAUACACCCCCACCAGACUACCAGGAUCUGUCAUUUCCUACAAAAUAUUCGCAGAACUUCUAUGGUCAAUGUGUUGCAAACUUUUGGAAGCAAUACCGUUCUUACUGGAAGAAUCCACCCUACAAUGCCAUGCGCUAUCUGAUGACACUGCUCUUUGGCCUUGUAUUUGGUACAGUAUUUUGGCAAAAAGGAAAGAACAUAGAUUCACAACAAGAUUUGUACAACCUACUUGGAGCCACCUAUGCUGCUACCUUCUUUCUUGGGGCUUCCAAUUGCAUGACGGUUCAGCCUGUUGUGUCAAUUGAGCGAGCAGUUUUCUAUCGUGAAAAGGCAGCGGGGAUGUACUCUCCAUUAUCCUAUGCAUUUGCUCAGGCAUGUGUGGAGGUCAUCUACAACAUCAUACAGGGGAUUCUGUACACCGUCCUCAUAUACACGAUGAUUGGAUAUGAUUGGAAAGCUGAUAAAUUCUUCUACUUCCUGUUCUUCAUCACUGCGAGCUUCAACUACUUCACGUUGUUUGGUAUGAUGUUGGUAGCAUGCACUCCAUCUGCAUUGCUGGCAAACAUUCUCAUCACCUUUGCCCUACCCCUCUGGAACCUCUUUGCUGGAUUCCUCAUCGUCAGACCGGCACUACCAAUUUGGUGGAGGUGGUACUACUGGGCCAACCCAGUCUCCUGGACCAUCUAUGGUGCCGUGGCGUCUCAGUUUGGUGAGAAUGGCGGUUUGCUCUCAGUUCCUGGAGGGAGCCCCGUGAUGGUGAAGGAGUUCUUGAAGGAUAAUCUCGGGAUCCGGCAUGACUUCCUUGGCUAUGUUGUGCUCGUCCAUUUCGCCUACAUCAUCGCGUUCUUCUUUGUAUUUGGUUAUUCCAUCAAGUUCUUCAAUUUCCAGAAACGUUAGCUUCCCAGACAGUAGAGAUCAUUUGAAUCUGUUCUCUUAAUCGCUUGUGAAGCCAAUGCAAUCGAAAGCUUAGUAUCCAUAGUCGAAAGCUGUUUAGGAUUUUAGUAGUUAUACAUAGCUGCUUUCGGAAGGCCUAUGUGUAUGUUGCAAUAUGUAUUUGUUAGACUACUCUUGGAUUGAUGACGCGCACCCAAGUUACAAGGUGAGAGGGGCACCUUGUCAUUGGCUUAGCUUUUGAGGUGUGGAAAUAUCAUUACGAUCCUACAAUUAUUCCUCUUGUUUUAUAAAAAAAAAAGAUUGGGUAUUCAAAUUUAUUUGAUGA